UGCUUGAUGAGACUUUUAUUUUCGUUUAGACUUAAGGAAGUGAACAUUCACUGAACGAGGCCAUUAGCUCUGCAAUGUGGGUAAAAUUACUGGUAGCACAGUAACGUAGUAACGACUCACCUGUGUUCCAAAGGUGAGAUUAUUUCAGCCAGCGACCUGACAUGCGCUGUUAAAUACUUCUACAGAUCCAGAGCUAACGGAACCGAACUAGGGUAUCAGACCAAAACCAGCCUGCAGCGAACCACGCAUGUUGUUGAAAAAGAGAGGCCAUACCUGUUUGAUAGUAUCCAGUAUGGUCUCAUUACUUCUGCUCAUGAUGGUGCUGUACGGUACCAUCAGCACCCAGAAGCCAGGCAGCCACAGCCUCAGACACGACUACCAGCUGAUGGGUAGACCCCUGUACAAACUGGACCUGAGCUGGCCCAAGAACCCAGAGCUGUUCACCGGGGAGGUGUUUGGAGUGGCUGUCAACCAGUAUGCUGGUGUGGUGUAUGUGGCACAGAGAGGUGACAAUGUGCCCAAGGUCCUGGUGUUUACCACUGAUGGAGAUUUCCUCAUGUCCUGGAACACAACCACCCUAGAGAUGCCUCAUGGGAUAUUUCUAGCAGAUGCUGCCACAUCAAACCCCACUGUGUGGAUCACAGAUGUGGGUAACGGUCCAUAUGGCCAUUGCAUCAAACAGUACUCGCCUUCUGGGAGCCUCCUGCAGGUGCUUGGUACACCAGGAAAACCAGGCUCUGGGUUGAACCCUCUGCAGUUUGACCAGCCAGCUGAGAUCUUUGUCCAUGACUCUGGAGAGAUGUACAUCGUGGAUGGUGAUGGUGGGAUGAACAACCACCUCAUCAAGCUGUCCAAAGAGCAGGAGGUGUUGUGGAUGCAUGGAGAGAAAGGACAAGGCCUGGCUCAGUUCUACAUCCCCCACAGCGUGACCGUGGACAACGCCCAGAGGGUGUGGGUGGCCGACAGGGGGAAUAAGAGGAUCCAGGUUUUUAACUCCAUCACCGGGGACUGGCUGGGGACAUGGGGAAGCUGCUUCACUGAGGAUGCGCCUUACUCUGUCCGCCUGACCCCAGACAAGAAGUACUUUGUUGUUGUCCAGCUCAACACCAAUCAGAUUACGCUCCUGGAUGCCCCACCGGUGGGUUUGAUUGGCCAGUGCAGAGUGGUGAGUGUGAUCCAGCUGGCUGAUGAAGUGAAGCCCCACCUUGUAGACCUGGACCUGAAAACAGGGGCCCUGUAUGUGGCUGAGAUUCAAGCUCAGCAGGCCCAGAAGUUUACCCCCUUCAGUCUUGGUGGGAGUUUCCUUAUAAAUCUUUAACUGAAGAAUUUAAAUGGCAUCAUUGAUCACAAACUGUCAUAACAAAAGCAUCACCAAUUAUUUCCAAAUUGAUAUGAAAUGUGCACGUGUGUUAUGUAUUUUACAGUCAUAUGAACAAGAAAACAGUACAAAAGAAAAAUGUUUUUCCUUGACAGCCCUGUCGCAAGGAUAUUUCAUUUUCAUAUGACUAGUUUACAAACAGCAGAUAUAUUUUAACCAAAAUGUAAUCUAAUGCAAUCUAACUUCUAAACAUCCACAAGUGAUGAUGUGUUUCUAUUGUUUUCUUACAUUAUAAUUAUUUUUAUUUUUAAUUUGAAUUUUGUAAAUCUGGGCCUUAUAUUGACACGCUUCAUUAUGUAAAUAUUUUUAUUCCCCAAAAGUUUAGGAAUUGGUCCGUUCAUCACCUCAGCUGGUAGCCACAACACAGCUGCAAAUGAAUCCCUCUGGGCAACUGCGGCUGUCAAAGUUACCACCACUACCAGUGUUGUUGGUGCCACUGAUGGGCUCAGGGUAUUACUCCGACACCUUGACACAAACAACAGCGAUGAAAUAAUGACAUAAUGACAAAUCUCGUCUGAGGAGAAGUCUCGUACAGAAAUCCGUUGCCUGGCAAGCCCAUUGAGUAAUAUAUAAAUGCAUUUCUUUUAGACAGGGUUUCUGCUGACUCAAAAAAAAAAGGGGGAAUCGUAUUAAAUAUUCAGUAUUGCAAUGGAAUUUAACAGAGCACUUCAAUGGUUUAGGAAAGUCAUUGAUGUCACUGAAUAUCAAUGACUUUGAAAUGGAUAGAUGGGGGCAUCAUGUUGUUGCUAACAUGUUGUCUAUACACUGUUAUCAAUAAUUGUAUCAAUAAUCUUAAAGAACAUUAUAGGAGUUGUUUUUGUUGUUGGUGUCACCGAAGUUCUGUGCCAUAUUCAUUUGUCAUAUUAUUUGUUUAUUUGACUUUGCACUGCUUGAAACCUUGAGGUGUUUCCUUUUUUCACUGCAGACACUUUUUAAACUCUGUUAAACUGUGCUUUUUGCUAGUUUAUGGCAGUUCUUAAAGUCAUUUGUAUGAUUACUCUU